AGAGUCGCCCACAAGCAAACUAAUGUGCAGUCGAGUACAGGAAUGUUGGUUGGUAGUGUACCGCUGAUCGUCGAUCAAUCAUCCGAUGGAAAUGCGCUUGAAUUCUUAAAUAUGAACGAUGAAGUGACAAGUACAACCCCAUCCAUGCUCACCUAUACAGUACAGUCCUCACCGCUCACUCCAAACCAACAACAUCCACUGAAUUCAGCGAAACACAUCUGUGCAAUUUGCGGUGAUCGAGCAUCCGGAAAACACUACGGUGUAUAUAGUUGUGAAGGAUGCAAAGGUUUCUUUAAACGAACCGUCCGUAAGGAACUCACCUAUUCGUGCCGUGAAAAUCGUAAUUGUGUUAUCGAUAAACGACAACGGAAUCGUUGUCAAUAUUGUCGUUAUCGAAAAUGUCAGAGUAUGGGUAUGAAACGAGAAGGUGAUGACUUCGAAUUACGAGGGGAAUACUUCCCAAAAAAACUAACCAUAAGAAUUCAUCUGAGAUCGCCAACAAUUCUGGUUUAUGUCGUUCACUCAAAUGAGAUAUUCGAUACUUUAGCAGUUCAAGAGGAACGUCAAACGUCUCGAAAUGAAUCAGCAAAAAUGUUCGUCUCACAAAUGAUAUCGAAUCGAAUGGAACCUGAAAGUACGAGUGGCCUCAAUACGGAUAUGCCCCCGGAGAGUAUUGUAGACGCUGAGGAGGCUUCUGAAGCACUUCUCAAUAAUAUCAAGAUUGAGUCGAAUGAUAUGAAUAGUGGCGAUUCAGUGGAAUGGCAAAUAAUGAGGAUAAUUGACUGGGCGCUGAUGAUUCCUUCAUUUGGUGAUAUUCCGGUUGAGGACCAAUCCAGGCUUAUUUAUUCUGGUUGGAAUGAACUGAUUCUUGCCGAUGUAGCGUUUCGAUCAACUCGUGAAAAGUUGAUGUUAUGGCCUGAACGACCAAUGGAACGAUGUGAGGCUGAGAAGCGCGGUUGUCAGAUUCUGUUUGGUCGAAUACUUCGAGAAUUGACGGGUAAAAUGCGUGAGUUGGUGAUUGAUCGUAUGGAGUUGGGUGCACUCAGAUCAAUUGUAUUGUUCAAUCCUGAUGUACCUGGGUUACAAUGUAGCGCAGUGAUCGAAAAUCAACGUGAAAAAGUUUACCAUUGUUUGGAGGAGUACUGUAAUCAACAGAAUCCCAACCAACCACAACGAUUCGCCAAGUUAUUACUUCGAUUGCCAGCCCUAAGAUCUCUGUCCCUUAAAUGCAUCGAAUCCAAUGAGUUCAUCAUACCUCCACCGUCGAUUGAGGUUUAUAUUUCAACCAAUUUUCAAGUUUCUACACUUGUUACUAUCAAAAAAUCUUCGAAUCAUCUCUGA